CAAAUAUUUACACAUGAUUCAAAGGAUGUCUGGUGCAAAGAUCGUGCUGCUCCUGCAGAGCCUGUCCCGUAGGAAACCUCUGGAGCCUGAAGGAGAGGAGUCCUGCUUUCGGCAGUGCUUGACCACCCUCGACCUGGUGGCUCUGGGAGUCGGCAGCACUCUGGGGGCCGGUGUGUAUGUGCUGUCGGGAGAAGUGGCCAGAACCGUGGCUGGGCCGAGUAUCAUAAUCGCCUUCCUCAUAGCAGCAGUUGCCUCCGUCUUUGCUGGACUUUGUUAUGCUGAAUUUGGAGCUCGUGUUCCCAAGACAGGCUCUGCUUAUCUCUACUGUUAUGUGACUGUGGGAGAGAUAUGGGCUUUUAUCACUGGCUGGAACUUGUUGCUCUCGUACGUCAUAGGAACGUCUAGUGUUGCCAGAGCCUGGAGUGGGACAUUUGAUGAUCUCAUUGGAAAUGUCAUUGCCAACUCUCUGGGUAAACAGGCUGCAAUGGAUUUACCUGGCCUGGCUCCCUACCCAGACUUCUUUGCAGCUGGCCUCAUAAUGCUCCUGGCAGGGAUUCUUGCAUUUGGUGUUAAAGAGUCUGCUAUAGUAAAUAAAGUUUUUACAGCAGUCAACAUUCUGGUGUUGCUGUUUGUUAUCCUCUCUGGAGCCAUUAAGGGCAACAUCAACAACUGGCACAUCAGUGAAGAUUCUUUCCACCAUGGAUAUGAGAACAACAUGUCUGUUCUUUACAGAAACCACACGUUACUAAAUGAAACCGCCAGAUACGGCAGUGGAGGAUUUUUCCCUUUUGGCUUUGAGGGAACGUUAGCAGGAGCAGCCACUUGCUUUUAUGCAUUUGUUGGAUUUGACUGUAUUGCCACAACAGGAGAGGAGGUCCAAAACCCUCAGAAAUCGAUCCCACUCGGCAUUGUGGUGUCACUCCUCAUCUGCUUCCUGGCGUAUUUUGGUGUGUCUGCUGCCCUGACUCUUAUGAUGCCGUACUAUUUGCUCAGCGUUCACAGCCCGUUGCCUGUGGCCUUUACAUACGUCGGUUGGGACCCUGCAAAGUAUGUUGUGGCUGUGGGAUCUCUCUGUGCACUGUCAACAAGCCUGCUAGGAUCAAUGUUUCCGAUGCCUCGUGUUCUCUUCGCCAUGGCCAGAGAUGGGCUUCUGUUCAGACCUCUCAGUAAAAUGAAUGACAAACAAAGUCCUGCCAUAGCGACCCUGGUUUCAGGGGUUGUAGCAGCCUUCAUGGCGUUGUUGUUUGACCUGAAGGCUCUGGUCGACAUGAUGUCUGUUGGAACCCUCUUUGCCUACACACUUGUUGCCAUAUGUAUACUCAUAUUAAGGUACGAAGCAGACCUCAGUGAGCAUGCAAGUUUGAGUAAACCAGAACCCUUUACACUAAGUGGGGUAUUAUGUCCUCCUUCACAAGCCACCACACGGACAUCGAAAACUGUGUCUGUUUUAGCUGGUAUUAUUAUAUUUUUAGCUAUCGUCCUGAGCAUCUUCAUAUCUGAAGCUUUAGACUCCCUGCAAAGCCUGAAGUGGUGGAGCUUACUUUGUGUCUCUGUGAUUGUACUGGUGCUGGUCUUCACUGUGCUGAUCAUCUGGAGACAACCACAGAGUACAAACAAAGCUGCUUUUAUGGUUCCCCUUGUGCCACUGCUUCCCAUUUUCAGCACCUUCGUAAAUGUCUAUCUAAUGGUGCAACUUGGAUCAGACACAUGGAUCCGCUAUGCAGUGUGGAUGGCAGUAGGUUUAAUCAUCUACUUUUGUUAUGGUGUUCGGCACAGCGUGCAGAAACAAAGACUCCAAAAUUCACACAACCAAACCAGCAUUCUCAGCUUGAGCACCACUGUGGAGCAAAACUUUGAAUCUGGACAAGACUUCAAUGGGUGAAUGAAGUGAAAUGAUUGAUUUACUGAUAAAAACAUCCCAUGGGUGAAUCAGCAAACAAUGUGAAAAGGCUUUCAUUUCAGUACAAAUC